CAGUCGCACUUCAGUUUGGGAUGGGAUACAAAGGAGAGGUUCAUGAGAUGAUCUCUUAAGCUGGGCAGAGGCAUAUGGAAGAAAGCAGCUCUUCAGGUAUCCUGACCCCUGGCCAUUAAGGGCUUUAAACGUAAUCAUAAGCACCUUGAUUUGGGCCUAGAAACAAAUAGGUUUGUACUGGGCCAUGGAAAUCAAUGUGGACCCUUGUACUUCUUUUCAUUCUGGGACUACUAUUUUCCCUCACUCAGAAAAUGACAGCAAACUUGAAAGACCAUUGGUGAAAGAGGCCCUGGCACAGGCAAAGCAGCUGGUCUCCUUGGCGUAUCAGCGCUCUAGAAGCAGGUAUGAAUUUCCAGGUGAGGCAGGUGGUAGAGAGCACCUUUCUUUCCCUCCUUGUCAUGCUCUCUGCUCCUGCCCGCUGUGCCUACACCCCAGGCCUUGUGGGGGUUUCUGGUCUUCUUCGUUCAGCCAUGCCUCAUUCUGUGAAAUCCUAGAGGGAAAGCAGUGCUGACCAAGGGAUCCCUCAGUGCCAGCGACCUGCUGAGCCUGUUCAAGCACCCCGAGGCAGAGACCAACGCGGCGGUUCAUGCGGCUGAGCUGAUGGACACAACAGUGGAGCUCAUUCGGCAGCUUGUGUACACGCGGGAGAAGCGUUAUGCCAACAUGUCAGGUGUGUCUUGCAUCCACCACCCAGCCCGAGAAGUACCAGUCUUCACCUCCUAACCUUCUUGAGAAUCUUCUUUCUCCCCUUUCUUCUGCAAGGAGUCUUAAGCGGCCAUGAUCUCUCCACCUUGGCAGAAGUAACUGGCUGUGCUGCUCAGCUGCGGCCCAUCAAGUGCUCAGACACCUGUUUGACUGAAAAGUACAGAUCCAUAGAUGGGACGUGCAACAACAGGUAAUUCUGCUGGCCCAGUCCUCAGGCCUGCAACCUGCAAAAGCACUGGCCAUAUUAUUUAAUGCAAAAUUGCACUCUUCAAAAUACCCUUUGACCUGCUACUAAUUUCCAGUAACUCCUGAAGACCUUUUUAAGCCAGGAGGCCUCUUCGGUUGCUUCAUUUUUUUCAGGACGAGCCCGUCUUUUUUAUGAUUCUUUUGUGUUGUUUUUAUGACAUUUUAUGUUUUAUUGUACUUGUAAAUGUUGCUGUAUUUUGUUGCUGGUGAUCUAUAUGACAGGGCAGUCUAUAAUUUUUUUUAUAAAUAACAUAAACUGUGAAGAAAGUCAGCUAUUUUUAGCUGUGCCUUUUUGCAACAGGUCUUGCAGGUAGUGGGGGAAAUCAUAGAGAUGAUUUCACACUCCCCACUUUCUGCUGAUAGUAGGAUGUUCCCCCAGGGCACUUUUACAGAGUCACCUUUUCUUUUGAAAACAGAAUACUGGGGAUUCCUGAUUUUUAUUUUUGUAAUUCUUGUUUGUAUGCAAAUACAGAGAGAGUGAAUGAAUGAAUUUAUUAAUACGGUCACAGACCAGCGCCAACACACACAACAUCACAGAUCAUAAAAAUAUAUAUAUAAAAAAUACAAAGGGCAAUAUAAGUAUAACAAGCAUUUAAAUAUAAAAAAUUAAAAUUAGUUAUUAUUAAUUAAAAAAUUAAAAUUAAUUAUUAUUAAUUAAAAAAUUAAAAUUAAUUAUUAUUAAUUAAAAAGUUAAAAUUAAUUAUUAGCAUGCCCCCUGCUAUCAACACUUGGGGGUUUGGUCACCAUGGGAUACCACUUGCUUCCUGCGACUAAUUGCAGCCGCACAGAAUUUGGCUACAUUUAAUGUAGUCUUGGGAUUCUUGUCCUCUAGCAGCGGUUCCAAACCAUGGUGUUCCGACUCCUUCCCGGACUUCCGCAAAACAGGAGCAAUAAAAGUCGAACGUAUGUCCUCAUAAAAACGACAACGCAACAGUACAUGUGCAGCAGUCUCAACCUCCAACGAGCCACAGGGGCAGACCCACGCUGCGUGUGGUUUACCCUCAAAUCUGCCCCGGGCAAGGCAGAAGGGAGAAUGUUGAAUCUGGCGAGGGUAAAAGACCGUCUGUAUUUAGGUACCUGGAGACCUGACAGAUAGUUAGCUGCAGAAAUCCUCUCCCAUAGUCCCUUAUUGCAGGAUGUUUGAUCAUUUCACUCAUGUGGCGUUGUAAUUCUACAUCCCAGAUACGCUGGCGAAUUGUGGUCCUAGCUUUCUCGAAGCCUGUGGCUAUCAGGGUCUGCUGUGGGAUCCCCAAGCCUUUAAGCUUUUCCAGCAGUGUAGCCUUCCAUCUGGAUUGGUAGGUAUCCAAUAAGGUCAAAGGUGCCAGCCCAACCGGGAAGAAAAUAAGCUUUAGCCAGUAAUGGAUCUUCAAUAUCCAUAUCCGGGUACUGAUCGGAAUUUGCCCAACCUCCAAACGGACUGCUAUGUUGGAUACGCAAGAGGGGAUCCCCAGCAGGCAGCGGAAAAACUUAGUUUGAAAUGCCUCUAGGAGAGUAAGGUUUUUAAAACUGCAGAUCUGGGAUCCAUAUAACAAUUGUGGUAGUAUUUUGGCAGCAAAGACCUGGGAGGCUGCCGGUAUGUACUGGCCUCCUUUCCCAUAGAAGAAUCUUAUUAACGCUUUGGUAGAUCUUUCAUACAGAGAGAGUGAUUCCAGAAAACUUUUUUUUCAUUCUGACGUGCUUGCAUGAAGUUUGCUGGGAAGUUAAACAACCCUGUGUGAAUACUGCUGUAAGACAUGAGAUACAGCAGUUGAACACAAAAUCCACAGAAGACCUCCAAAGGAAUCAUUUUGUUUUUGAUCCAUAGGCCCCACAUCUAGCAUACACAGAGCAAACUGAGCAACUGGUAGCCAGGCUGGAAUCAGCUAAAUACUGCCAUAUGCUAUAAAACAAUCAAGAAAGGUAGAGGAGGAAGAAUGGGGAAAGGCAGAGAAAACAAUUAUAUCACCAGCAGAACCCUUAACAUAUCUAUUUUUGUUUCAUAACAAUUUAAAACACCAACUGUGGGGAAUUGUCCCUUUGCCAAAUGGAAGCAAAUUAUAUCUGUAUAUUUUGCCAUCUUUAUUUAACUACCCAACCUCAGCCCAGCCCUUCCUUUUAAAGUUGUCCUUUAACAAUUUCAACCCUCCAUAAAAUUUCAUCUUUAUUUUGAACAUGGCUAGUAAUCUUUUAUAUAUAUUUAGUCACGUACUCGUGAGGAAUCAUACCUUCAUAAACAUCAUAACAUAACAUAAACAUCAAUCAUACCUCCAUAAAACUAAAUAGCAGUAUAUUGAAAUAAAGGUUAUAUACAGUGCUAAACCAAUACUGAAUGUUGCUUUUUUAAUAAUAAACGAAGUUUUAAAACCACACAAAAAUUAUCUGCUCACAAACCUCUGCCCAACACACAGUACAAACGACCCCCAUGGGUGUCCUAGGCUACGAAUCAAUACACCACAGAAAUCUGCCUGUUUGCUGUUAUUUAGGAAAUCCUCUGUAUCAAAUAAAGUGUCCCCCGUGCUUCUUUAGUUUGCACAGAUGAGGUAGUAAAAUGCUUCCACUUGGUAAAUCCUCUGGUGAGUAGGGGAUAUCUUGGUUGAAGUUUUCCCACUGAAACAAAAACUUGCAGAUACAGAAUGGGCAUACCCAGGGAAAGGCUGACAUCUUUUUCUCCCUAACAUCUAUUGCUUUCGAUGAGCCAGUGUCUUGGAUAUGGAAGACCAUACAGUCCUCUGAUUCCCUCAUCUGCACUCUCAAGUAGUAUAAUUCAGGAGCCGUUUUCCCUCUCCACCUUCUACUUAUGUGAGCCCAAUGCCACCUGCCCAUUUCCUGCAGUUUAUGAGAUUUCAUACUCCCUUGCAGGAAGAACCCACUUUGGGGAGCAGCAAACACAGCCUACGCCCGCUGGUUACCUGCAGACUAUGAGGAUGGCUUCUCUGCACCCAAAGGAUGGAAUCAAUCCAAGACUUAUAACGGCUUCUCAUUGCCUUUGGUAUGCAGCAGCAGGCAAGACUUGGAAUCUCUUAUGAAUGGUGAUGGCAGAGUUCACACAGGGUUUAUAAGACAACUCCAAAGCUUUCCUUCUUAGCUUGCUUUAAAAUAAAUGUUAAGAUGUUAAAAAAAAGCACCCUUUGGUUUGCAUGACGUGCCAACAUUACUGGGUCUUUACACAGAAAUGUUGGAAAGUGUAUCUGUGAAGGCAUGAAGGAGUGAGGAGCACGUGACAUGUUCAUAGUUUCCCUUGGACAAGUUACACACUCCAUGGCAAUUGCAAAUUCCAUGUCUCGUAAUACUGUCAAAAAGUACGCACUCGAAAUUUAACUUUUUAGAAUUUCCAUGAAAAGCAUGACUAGUUUGGACUGCGUUUCCGCACAAAGUAGAAAAAUAGACUGCGUUAUUCACAAAGACCAACAGUGUUCAUAUUUGAAAUGAAUUGUUCUCCCAGGUGCGCCAGGUGUCCCAUGAAAUCCUGCAUACACGGAAUGAGAACAUCUCCCUGGACAGCUCCUACACCCACAUGCUGGUGGAGUGGGGCCAGUGGAUUGAUCACGACAUGGAUCUCACCCCCCAGAGUGCCAGCACCGUUUCUUUCACGGAUGGAGCAGACUGCUCCCAUGGUUGCAUCAACCGGAAUCCGUGCUUCCCCAUUCAGGUAAAGACAGCGAUGAACAACAAAAAACUUAGGAAGAAGAAAACUCACCGUAGUCCUCCUAAUAGUAAGGACUGUCGCCUUUACCUUUUACCAAAAUGUGAAGUAGAGCUGGUUUAUAUAUGUCACAACCCACAUGAGAGUGUUUCAGAAGUACAUGGAUUCACAAAUACUUUCCCCCACUGUCAUAUCCAGACAGGUCCACAGGGCUUGCUUACAGAGCUUUUUAAAAUACCAAACCAGAAGUGAAAUCUAUACAACGUAAUUCAUUCCAGGAGGUGACUUUACAGCCACGUUGAGCAUGAAAGCAAAAAAAAAAAUGAGGCCUACCAUUUUGAAAUUAAUCCAUCCAUUGCUAGGUCCUUUUUUAAAAAAGCUCAGAGUACACACCAGUUAAGAUCAUUUAUAUAUGCUAAUACAUAUGCAGAGAUGCCAAUUUCAGCUUGCUGUCUUUCAACAAGAAGGCAAAGUUUAGGAAAUAAAUAAUGAAGGAAUAGUUUUUAAAGGCUGGGAAGGGGAAGUAGAUUUUGGGUGCUCAGAUUCCCCUGGGUCACUCUGUAGCUAUGUCCCUGUCUCGGGGCGCAGUGUGGCAUGGGGGAGAACCACCUCUGUCUUUAGACUCUGAUUCUGUGUGGGAAGUUGUGGAAACUCAGUAAAGAAUGUGUGCUCUCCAUUCUUCCUGGCCACCUGUCAAUCAGACCCAGGGCUUCUUGACCACUCUGCUUCUCCUGUGCCAGAUCCCUGCUGGCGACCUCCGUCUGGGUGGGGGGACAAUGAAGUGCAUGCCUUUCAUCCGCUCUUCACCAGCUUGUGGCAGUGGACAAUCCAGCUUCCUUCUGGGGCAGCUGCAGCCCCGGGAGCAGCUGAACAGCCUCACCUCCUUUGUGGACGGCAGCAUGAUCUAUGGCAGCACGGCUUCGCUGGCCAGGAAGCUCCGCAACUUCACCCAGGCACUGGGGCUUCUGGCAGUCAACCAGGAGUUCUCUGACGGUGGCCUUCCGCUCCUGCCCUUUGCUGAGAAGAAAUCCCCAAACCCUUGUGCCUUGACGCGGGAUUCCUGCCUUGCCAAUGCGUCUGACGUGCCCUGCUUUGUGGCAGGUAAGAGGAAGGCUUCUCUGUUAUUGAGAAUACAUCUGGGGUGGGGGACCUGUGGCCCUGCAGGCAUGGACGGACUCCAACUCCUAGCAUAUUUGUCUGUUGGCCAUGCUGACUGGGGAUUCAUGGGAGCUGUAGUUCAACAACAUCUGGAAUGCCACAGGCUCCCAUCUCUGCUGUUGGUUUUUUUUUUAUUUUUACGGCUGCCAUCUCUGCUGAACAGUGUGGCCAGAUGAAAAGGAAGAGAGGACUUUCGUUUUGUUAACGGAGGUGAUUUUUUAUCACAGGCAGCCCCUGCUCAGCCCUGCAAGACAAGAUGCCAAAAUGCCCUCUUCUGGGCAGCUGUUAAAGUAAUUAGAGCCCAAUUCUCCUUUGCAGUGGGUCUCCUAGCUUCGUACAGGAGUCCCCUGAAUGUGUGCUCGGCCUUUCAGGAUUACCGUAAUGGGAUCUGCUUUGUCUGACUUGUGGUUUAACAAGUCCAAUAGCACCACCUAUAGGCUGUAGGGUUCUCCCCCUCCCUAACUGACUUGUGUGCUUGGUCCAUAUAUGGGAGCUUCGUGGGUGAGUUUUCAGAAGGAUGCCAGUCCUGUUGGAUGCUGGGAACAAGGUGAAAAAGGACUGGGGAGAUGGGUGGCUUCUACCUCGAGGUAUCAGGGGAAAACAUUUGGAGCCAAAAUUCCAUCAGUGGGACCUCCACUGAUGGAAGUGAAUGGUGAAAAUACUAAAACAGGGCUAUCGCCACCCAAAACAUGUAUGUAACAUCCCCCCCCCCCCCCGCUUUUUGCAGGCUGCUUAAAGCCUGCCAAAGGCUGUGUAACUUCUAUCUCAUUUACUGUGUGCAUUGGUCUCUUCCUUGCCAGGAGACUCGCGGUCCAAUGAACAUUUAGGCAUUCAAGUCCUGCACACAGUGUUCCUGAGGGAGAGCAACAGGAUCGCUACCACCCUCCACCAGCUCAACCCCCAGUGGAGUGGGGAAAUUCUGUAUCAGGAGACUCGCAAAGUCAUUGGGGCCUACCUCCAGGUGAGGGCCUCAGGCAUGUCGUUGCUUAGUUCCUUAGUUCCUUCAACAGAGGGCUGGAUACAGUUCCCAUUGAGGGGCAGAUUAUAUAAAACAUCCAUGUUGUAUGUAUGUGUAUAUCUGCCGUGGAAAAUGGCAGUCGUGUUUGGGGACUAGGAGGGUUGGGCUAUAAUGAGGCCCCCUCCCUCCAACUCUGUGGUUCUACAAUGUCAUGCACCAUGGUUGCUGUGAUGUCAGGACAUGACUAAAUUUUACUAGAUAUUAUGGGGAAGAUGGAGGGGAUCUAAACACGCAGCUGGUGUUUUCUACAGCAGCUUUGCAUUCUGUGUCACAGUUUGGCUCCGAAUACGCUGCUAUUGCCAAUCACUCACACGCUGCUCCACCUUGCUUGCUUUGCGGAACCUGCUCUUAUGUCAGAUAAGAGCUGGUAAUUCUGAAAACACUCAACAAGCCAUGUUAAUGCAGGCGGAUAUGUUUGCACAAGAGGCGCUCUAAUCUUACCAGGCCUCUUGUGAAGAAAUGCAAGAACCGCAAAACUAACACCAGGGUCAAAGUGCAGCUGGCAGUGAAAUAGAAAAACCCUUUAACUUGCAGAACACUGAUCUCCCUCCUGGGACUCAAGCUCCCUUCUAGAGCGUCUGCAAGGGAUGGAAAGGGAGGGAAAUCCCAUUCAAGUGUUUUCUCUGAGGCAUGGUACAGUUUCACCAGAUAUGAAUGUCCCUGAGAAGAAAUGCUGACAUUAUUACAAAUUUUGUUCUCAUAAAUCCAGAUGGUUUCUUACAAAUUCAUUUUUAAAAGGUCAUCAAUAUUAUGCUAUCCUAAUAAGCAAUGAAGCACCUGACACCAGUUUGGCUGACCCAGUGUGGUGGCACAGAAUAUUCAGAGACAUUCCAAUUGUUUAGGGAACAGAGCUCACAGAAGUUUAGGGAACAGAGCCCACUGAACUCAAGUAUAUUUCUCCUUUUUAUGUUUGUUCACUUGAUGUAGAUUAUAAACUGGAGGGAUUAUGUCCCAAAGAUCCUUGGCCCAGAAGCCACUGAGGCCUACCUUCCUCCAUACUCUGGUUACGACGAGUCUGUUGACCCCCGUAUCUCCAAUGUCUUUGCCACAGCUGCAUUUCGCUUUGCCCACGUCACCAUCAAUCCUUUCCUCUCCCGUCUGGAUGAAAACUUUGAGGAGAAUCCCAAUCACCCCAGCAUAUCUCUUCAUCAGUCAUUCUUCUCCCCAUGGAGGAUCAUCGAGGAAGGUACAGAACUGGCAACACAUGAGAUGGGAGCGGAUGGAAAGGGCAUGUUGUCUUUGGUGACAUCAUUUAUCAAGUUACACAGUGUUAGUCCCAUUGAACCCAGAUCUGCCCCAGAGACAAGCAAUGUUUAGGGCAACUGUGGGAAACCUGUGGCCCUCCAGAUGUUUCCCCAACUCUCAUCAGCCACAGCCAGCAUGACCAGUGGUCAGGGAUGAUGGGAGAUGAAGUCCAGCAACAUCUGGAGGACCAGUGGUUCCCCAUUCCUCAUCUAAGAACUAUUGUACUCAGUGCUGAGUAAAUCAUGUUUUUGAGUGUCUGAAUUCCAGAAGUGUGGCUGCCUUAUUAAUCCGUUGCAGCAAAAUCAACUAGAAGUUCCUGCAGUAGGACCUUAAUAUUUUUAUUGUGGCUUGAGCCUAUAGCAGACUUCAUUGAAUGUAUGCGAUAAAACAGGCCUAGGGAAGCCUGUCACAAUGCGUUUGGGGGCCUUGAGAUCCUUCUGGUGACAGGAAUCUUGUAAGGGAGUGACAAGGCUGUCAUAGGGUUACCACCUUUAUUCAUUCUAAAAACAGCCUGAAACAAUAUGUUAUUUAAAUAAAGUGUUUGUACUUUUUCUUUUUAAGCCUCUGCUGUUGUUGAGGAAUUUGAGGGAAUGUGAGACUGAGUGGCAUCCUUUACAUAUGGCCAGGAAUGGUCCUGUGGAGAGCAGCGAGAGAGAAUUGUUUGCAGGGUUACAACAUUCAGAGAUGCUGGAAAGAAAUGCGCACCAUUUAUGUUAGGCUUAAAAAUCCCCAGGGUUUCUGCUUAUAGACAUUCCACCUCUGAGUUAUGUGAAUAUAGUCAGCCACAGGGUUCAACCUACGGUGCUUUGUCGUGUCAGUAGAGUGCAGCUUGUUUCUGUGCCUCCCUGGGCCUUGUGGGAGGAGGCCAUCUUUCAGCCAUCCUGUGGCACCACCCCAUAUCGCCAUUGCUUGUCCUAGAAACUGGGGCAAAUGUAACACAGACAAGGGGAGGAGCUUCAGGGUGCAACACAUGAAAAGGGCCCCUGCUAAGCUGAUCGUCAUGAAUGCCUUGCCUUCAAAACACCUGCAUGUUGUAUCUGGUGCUGAGAAGGCUGUGCACAUGGAUUAUUAAUAACAGUGCUUUCUAUUGAAUCAUCUGCUUCAGAAUGCCAAAUAUUGUGUGAGAAGUUGCCCUAGAGCUUUGAUAUAAAGACUGAAUGCUGGUUUGUUUUCGCUGGCUUUGAAGUUCUGUCACAAACUUUAGGAGGGAUCGAUCCAAUCCUACGUGGAGAGAUCUUCACCCUUGCAAAGCUCCAGACAGCCACUCAGAUGAUGCCAGAGGAGCUGACAGAGAAGCUGUUUCAUCCCAAGAAGGCCCUGUCCCUUGACCUGGCAGCUCUGAACCUGCAAAGAGGCCGGGACCAUGGACUGCUAGGUGUGUAACACUGCUGCAGGGGUAGAGGCAGGUGAGAGAGAAAAAGAGAGAGAGAGGUCAUCAGAAGCAGAGGGCACCUCUCUCUAGAACUAACACUUGAUGUUCUCUUCAAAUGCCAUUUUCUGGUGCUCCCUGCAGGUUACAACUCCUGGAGGAGGUUCUGCGGUCUCCCAGAGGCCCACACUUUCUCUGACUUGCAGCAUAUCCUCAACAGCAGCUACCUGGCUCACAAACUACUCAAGCUGUAUGGGACUCCUGAGAACAUUGAUGUCUGGAUUGGGGCCAUCGCAGAACCUCUCCUGCCUAGUGCCCGAGUGGGGGAACUGCUUGCUUGCUUGCUGGGAAGGCAGUUCCAGGCCCUGCGAGAUGGUGACAGGUAGGGAAUCUUUGAGGAAUGUAGUCUUUGCAAAUUCCAAGAUAGAAACUUGCCUGAUCUGUACCUCCCAGGCUAACGUGCAGGUCAGAACUUUGUUAUCUGCUUACUGUGGCGCUUCUCAGUUGUUUUGACACCGUUGUCAGCUAUAAGGGUCAAAAUAAGUUAGAAAUGCAUCCUCAGUUGUGUAUUUAACUGCAAAUUUGAAGUGGGCUUUCAUUUACAAAAAGCCACAGAAUAAUGAGGAAAUGGAAUAGAAAGGAUUUAUGGGUGAACACAUGUGGAAGUGACAUGGAUCAGAAACGGACUGAUUCAGUUAUUCCUAGCAAAUGAAAGAUGCAAUCACUGAAUAAUGCACCCCCACCCCACAUGUUCAGUGCAAAUUAACAAGCACAGGGAGGGCGGUAGCCAACCAUAUCAGGACCACAGCAGGUAGUACAGGGUUAAAGUUCAGCCUACAUAAACAGAAAAUAAAUAGAUCCUUACCCUCAAUGAGCUUACAAUUUAAAAUCUGCAGAAGGAUGAAGGGUUCUUUGUUGUUUAGUCAUUUAGUUGUGUCCGACUCUUCAUGACCCCAAGGACCAGAGCACACCAGGCACUCCUGUCUUCUACUGCCUCCUGCAGUUUGGUCAAACUCAUGUUGGUAGCUUCGAGAACACUGUCCAACCAUCUCGUCCUCUGUCGUCCCCUUCUCCUUGUGCCCUCCAUCUUUCCCAACAUCAGGGUCUUUUCCAGGGAGUCUUCUCUUCUCAUGAGGUGGCCAAAGUAUUGGAGCCUCAGCUUCACGAUCUGUCCUUCCAGUGAGCACUCAGGGCUAAUUUCCUUAAGAAUGGAUGCAUUUAUCUUCUUGCAGUCCACGGGACUCUCAAGAGUCUCCUCCAGCACCAUAAUUCAAAAGCAUCAAUUCUUCGGUGAUCAGCCUUCUUAAUGGUCCAGCUCUCACUUCCAUACAUCACUACUGGGAAAACCAUGGCUUUAACUAUACUAAGUGUAGUGGGAUGAUUAUUCAGCUGUAUGAACACCCCCGCAGUCUGAAAUGGUACAGCCAAGCCCGAAACACAGCUCUUUAGCCCCCUCUGUGAGAAGUACAAAACUAGACUGGAGAUCGUGAAAGGGGUGGGAUAUAUGCUUAGAGUUAAUGGGUUUUUUGCUGGACUGGUUUGCUGCCUGAUCCUGGCAGACCAUUCCACAAAUAGGGUUCACAAAUAGGGUUCACUGUUCACUGUGGCAUUAACGCCAUCUACACAAUCCACAUGACUGACUUCUCGAUUUCAAACUUGGGGCAGGGUGCAGGGUGAGGGAAAGAUUCCUUCCUUCCUAUACAUUUCCUUAUCUUCUGGCUACAUUCAAUAGCAGGAAGCACUGCAGGAAAUAAAUGAAUUCAGCCCGAUAAGGUAUUCAGGCUUUUGCUCCCCCCGCCCUCUUUUCUUUUGCAGGUUCUGGUGGGAGAAUGAAGGAGUGUUCACCCCUCGCCAGAGGGAAGAGCUAGCAAAGGUGACUUUGUUCCAGAUCCUCUGCGACAACACCCACCUCCACCACCUCCCUGCAGACGUCUUCUCAACCAGUCACUUCCCAAGUGACUUUGUGUCUUGCAAGAGCUCCCAGAUUCCAAGGGUGGACCUGGCCGCAUGGAGGGAAGAUUCAGCAGGUAGAACCUGGAGUGCCCACAACACACAACACAGUUCACAGAGGGUUUGAAAGCCUGUUCUCAGCCACCUUCAGGAGCCUCAGGGAUGGGAGGGGGGUGUAUAACUUUUAUAUAUACUGGUAUAUUGCAUGCUUUCCUUUAUGUAAACUGCCGUAGGUUUUUUUUUACGGAAGGGUGGUAAUCACCAUGUUGUUACAGUAAGUGCCACACUUUUAACAUUUCAAAAAAAAUAAAUGUGCCAGUACUGCAUACACUUGAGUACCCCCAGAAAAAAAGUGCUGAUAAUAAAUAUAAAUUUAUUACAGUUAGUACCUUAAUAAUAAAGCUAGUAAUAAAUUUGUAAUACAUCUGCCACAGCCCAGACAUUUGUCACUGUGCCUGUGUAAACAGUAACUUGGGAAAGCUGGGUUUUGAAAAAUUGUUAAUUUCACACAUAGGCAGUCAUUGUCUGUUGUGUUCUGUGUGUUCACAACCAACUAUGCACACACUGCCCUCCUUAUCCAGAAGAAGUCCUCUCUUUGUUUUUCCCUUCUCCUCCCCUCCUACAAUAUUCACUCAUUCCCAUUUGGGAACAUGGAACAUUAAGAGGCCUGUAUCUGGGAAUUGGUUCCAGCACAGUGCAUCUUUCAAACUGGUGCAUUUCCUAGGAAGUCCUUCUGCUGUGUUCUUCUUCUCUCUCCACAGACACACUUUGUGGGCCGGUCCCUCUGGUUGAAGGCGCCCACUACGUCCAGUGUAAAGCCUCAGUGUUCUUUGAGUGCUGGCCUGGCUACAUUCGGGAGGGUCCUUCCUCUAUAACCUGCAAUGUUGAGGACAGAGAGUGGAGCACUGUGUUGCCUGUUUGCCGAGGUAAGACCUACCAUAGGAAGAGCCUUGGGGACUCAUGUAUAAAGUAUGUCAUGCUUUUUAAAAAAAUAAAAAUGAUGCCACCCCUCUUCAGCCUCACUCCUUGCCACUUUUUACCUCACGCCCCUUUCCCACUUUUAUUUACAGCUUUGCUAUCCCCUUCCCACCUAGAUGUGUGACAUACAUUGCAGGCAGAUUUCUUGUCAAAUCUGUAUGGAUACACUUGUAAGACUUGGCCUUACAAGUGUCUCCAUACACAUGCUUGGCUUGCAACUCUGACGCUUGUGUGUUCUGGUGGUGGUCACGGAAACCUCUAUCCAACUCCUCCAGGUCACACUGCUAUUCAUGCCCAGAUCAAGAGACCCAAAGCCUUGUUGCAUUUAAGAGGCCCUAUAGCAAUGCUUUUUAAAAGUGUAUUGUUCUAUUAUUAUUCGCCAAUUAUGUGAAACUUGAAAUUUAGUAUUUUGUGUGUGCUUAGAGGCCCCCUAGUAAUCCGAGGCCCUAAACAGUGGCUUACUUAGUUUGUGUGUCAAUCCAGCACUGCAACUGUGAAAAGGAGCAUCUCCACCCCCAUCAUUCAGCCUGAACACUGAGGUCCAGCUCCGAGGGCCUUCUGACAGGUCCCUCACUGUGAGAAGUGAGGUUACAGGGAACCAGGCAGAGGGCCUUCUCAGUAGCAGCGCCCGCCCUGUGGAACACCCUCCCAUCAGAUGUCAAGGAAAUAAAGAACUAUCUGACUUUAGACAUCUGAAGGCAACCCUGUUUAGGGAAGUUUUUAGUUUUGAUGUUUUAUCACAUUUUUAAUAUUCUGUUGGGAGCCACACAAUAAAUUAUUAUUAUUAAGUACAGAAGUCUAUCUUUGAUGAGAGGCUCAAAUAAGGAGGCUCCAGAGAUGCUAGUCGUAUGUCAGGAAAUGAGGAAUUUUAGACAUUUUCUUCCCGUGAGUUUCAUUUUCUUCAUUCAUGCUGUAGGGACUGCUCCAAGCAUUUCCUUUCUUUCUCUUUGCCCCCCACCCCCUUCUUGUCAUUUUAGACAUUGAUGAAUGUGAGCACAGCCAAGAGAAUCCCUGCCCCUCUCUGCAGAUUUGCGUGAACAUUCCUGGGAGCUUCAGAUGUGCCUGUCAGGGCUCCCUGAUUCCGUCUCAGGAUGGCACCACCUGCAUUGGUAGGUUGGGUCGAGGGACCAGGCUGUGAGGAAGCCAGAAGGUCUAGCAAAGCCUGUGACCUCAUUUCCUCCCUGGGAGAAGCCAACUGGAAGGGUUUGGGAGAUGUCAGCCUCCUUAUUCAAGCUGCGUUUCUCCGUUAUCUCAUUGCUUUGAUUGCUCAGAGCAAUCUUAUACUUGGAACUAAAAGAGUCAUUCCUGGAGUCUUCCUCCAUCAUAGGGGUGGUAAACUGUAGGCCUGGGGGCCCCCAGCUUCUCUUUCUAGCCCUCAAGACUCUCCCCACACCACACGUCUCCCCUUGAACGCUGAUGAUGCCUUUUGCUUGUCUGAAGGAUAGAAAUAUAUGCAUUAGUGUGCACAGAAACAGGGGAUUUUUACUUUUGUUGCUCUGCCCACUUUUAAGAAGGUUAGAUGAGGCUACUGGAUCAGACCAAUGUCCCACCUAGUCCAGCAUCCUGUUCUCACAGUGGCCAACCAGAUGCCUGUGGGAAAACCACAAGCAGGACCUGAGCCCAAGAGCCCUCUCCCCUCCUGCGGUUUCCAGAACUGGCAUUCAGAAGCAUUACUGCCUCCAACUGCGGAGGCCAGGCAGAGCCAUCAUGGCGCCAGUAGCCCUCUCUCUUCCAUGAAUUUGUCUAAUCUUUUAAAUCCAUCUAGGUUGGUGACUAUCGUUGCCGCCUGUGGGAAGUAGUUUAACUAUGUGCUGCAUGGAUUAAGUACUUUUAUCAUUCUCAAAUCUUCCAACCUUCAGCCUCAUUGGAUGCCCAUGAGAUCUAGUGUUAUGAGAGAAGACCUUUUCUCUAUCCACUCUCUUCAUGACAUGCAUAAUUCUAUAAACUUCUGUCAUGUCACAGUGUGGUGUAGUGGUUAAGAGCUGUAGUCUCGUAAUCUGGGGAACCGGGUUUGAUUCCCUGCUCCUCCACAUGCAGCUGCUGGGUGACCUUGGGCUAGUCACACUUCUCUGAAGUCUCUCAGCCCCACUCACCUCACAGAGUGUUUGUUGUGGGGGAGGAAGGGAAAGGAGAAUGUUAGCCGCUUUGAGACUCCUUAAAGGGAGUGAAAGGCGGGAUAUCAAAUCCAAACUCUUCUUCUUCUUUCCUCUAAACUAAAAAGUCCCAAACACUGCAACCUUUCCUCACAGGGGAGUCGCCCUGUCCCCUUGGUCAUUUUGGUUGCCCUUUUCUGAACCUCUUUCAACUCUAUAAUAUCCUUUUUGAGGUGAGGUGACCAGAACCGUACAGUUUUCCAAAGGCAGUCGCACCACAGGUUCUGCAAGGCACGUGAGAUCUGCCCUAAAAGAGCUGCUGUUUUCUGUCCUAGGGGGCCAAGGAGUCACUGUUACUUCCUUGGCUGCAGCUGCAGCUAUUGUGGCCGGAGCUAUUUCUGUCAUCGCUGUAGCUGUGGCACUGCAUAGAAGGUAUGGCUGAAUUACACCUCUGGAAAUGUUUUCUUCCUUUUAAAAAAAAGUAUGUAGUCACAUUGGCCCACUUAGAGGGAAAAAGCCAAAGUGAAGUAAUAGAUUCAGUAGGACCGCUUUGUAAUAUUUUGGUUGGCCCUGUGAAGGUUUCUUGUGGCCUUUGGGUUUAUUCUUUUUUCAAUUUUCUGCUCACGUAACUUUUCCAAGUGACACAAAUGGACCUCUGGCCUCUUCUGCUGUUUCGGGAAAGCAGAAGGGGUUUGUGCUUCCCCUCUCCAUGUUUUGGGGAUGUACAUUCUCCCUAGUUUAGAUGAAUCCUUGAAGGCCAGCGAAGAGGAUGGGAAAGUCAUUGAAUAUUGCUGCAGCUUGCAUGUACUUACACCCAAUAUUAUUAUUGUUUUUCUCCAAGUCACAUGCAUGUCAGUGGAACUAAAUUCCUAGUUAUGGAAGUGUGUUUAUAUAGUGCAACCUGAGGUACAAAGCUAUAUGGAAUGUCUGGUUGCCACCUGACUGCCACAUCUCUCCUCCCCAUCCGCACUUUGGUCACUUUUACUUAAAGAGGAGGGUUUUUAAAAUCCCUGCUGCAUCUCAUUGGCUGGGGAACCAGAGCACAAUGUAAUCCACACCAUGUGUCCUCAGAUGUUACUGGAGAGACACAUGGAGAUAUAAGCUGACUUCUGUGUGGAACAACACCUGUAUGUUUCUCCUAAUACGGAGAUGUUCACUCCUAAGAGCAAGAGUGGAGUAAAGCAGCUGUGUGUAGAAAUCCUUUGAAUGGAACCUCAGAAAGUUUUAUUGCCCUGAUACAGUGAUGGCUCUAUUUCUAAUACAAUGGAGCUUUCUUUCUUUCUUUUUUCUAUACCGCUUUUCAUCCAUAAUACCAUAAUAACAAUGGAAAACAACACCCCCUAAACACAGUUUAAAAGGCAUUUUUUGCUAUUAUUUAUUAAAUUUCUAAUCCUCCGAAAAGAGAAGGCUAUGCACAAAACAAGUAUUAAGACACAUCACAGUUCAUUCUUCACUCAUUUAAGUCAUGAAAUGCAGAGUGGCUCACUAUACAACUACAGCUAUCCGGAGGUGGGGACUCCUAUUGACAUUUGCUGUUUAUUUGGUUGUUGUUUUUUUACUAUUUACAAAGAGCUUUACCACUGCAAAAUGUUUUACAGUUCUGUACAUUUUGGAUUAACUGCAAGUGUUCUCUUCUGAAAUGCAGGGUUGCACUGCAGCUAUAGGCUUGUUUGCCCCACCAAGUCAGUGGUGGGGCCCCUGUGGCUCUCCAAACAUUGCCAAGCUGCAACUCCCAUCACCCCUGACCAUUAGUUAUGCUGGUUGGGGCUGCUGUGGGUUGGAAAUCCAACACCUAGUGCCCUGCCUUAAUAGCACAACUAUGAAACGUACUGUUAUGAUUCUUAGUUUCCCCUUUGUAACAUUAAGGGCCAAGCCCAAAAGCCUAUACCACCUUCAGCCCAGAGUGUGUUGUCCCAUGCCUUCGCCUCUGUGUGCAUUAGUGACACCCACAUCUAUUAUCUCUCCAUGCCAGCACUUACAGCAGGGGCGGGGAAGCUGUGGUCCAACUCCCAACAGCCCUAGCCAGCAGCCUGGAAUGAUGGGAGCUGGACUCCAGCAGCAUCCCAAGGGCAACAGAGUCUGCACCUCUGACUCACAAGUGUGUCUUUCCUCCUUUGGUAAAGAUCUCUUCUUCCACAACAACUUCCUGCAGACUGAGCUGCUCCAAAUGUGUAGCUGAUUCGAGAACUGAAGAUGGCCCCUGUUCUCUAGUCUCCAGCCCCAUGCUGCUUGAAGAGCCUGCCCUGCCCCUUCAGCACUCAUGACCAUUUGUUUUGCUGUUUGCUUCCUAGGUGCUUCAGGAGCAAGGAGGAGGUCUCCCUUUCUAGAGAUAGUCGCUGUCCCCAGGAUUGUUCCAAAGAAGGCCAGAAUCCUGACUCAAGUUAGCUCUCCCCAAAUUCUCUUCCAGGCCUUGCAUCUCAGGAACCCAAACCACUGUGGCUCUGAAUUAGUAUUAUUUUCAAGUUUAAAGAUUUCUCAAAUCAUUCUUUCUAUAGAAUGCCCUUCCUCCCCAUCUUUCUAGAGAGUUGCAAAGAAGAUUUGACCACUGAAGAUUGGUCAAACUUAGGGGCUUCGCUGGGUGCUCUGGGCACAGCCCAUGGCGUGAUUGGAGGAGGGGGAGGCAGGUAGCCCUCUAGGACUGGCCCUAGGGAGAAGCCUAUACUGGCAACACUUGGUUAGAAAAUACCUGCAAAUAGAUUGGGGUCAUAUCAGGAGGGGGCUUUUUUAUGAAAGGAAGCAAUUUUUCUCACCCAGAUCAGAGUUUGCUUAUCCCCAUCAGGGUUCCAAUGCACAUGCAGUAGAGUAUGUCCAGGAGGAAACUUGAAGCAGAAGAAAUGGUUGGUGGGGAACUUGCAACAUUCCCGAUGCUGUUGGACUACAACUCCCAUCAUCCCUAACAGUUGGCCAUACUGGUUGGGGCUGAUGGGGGGUAAAGUCCGAUGCCAUCUGGAGAACCACAUGUCCCAUCUCAAGAGUUAAGCAGUGCCACAUCUGUUGGUGCCAUUCCUCUGUUCCAAAAGCAAACACCUGAGACUACUUAUUUUUAUACUGUCAAUGUUGCAUUACAAAUGUCCACUCGUCUACUUUGCCCCUUGGCUGCUUGUCUAGCCACGAACAAGGCAAGACAGAAGUAUCUGUGUUCGUUUGCCAGCUGGACCCAACAGGCCUUUGAAGUCUCAGCCUGAGCUUGGCAGUUCCUAUCCUUGGUUAAUUACCGCUUAAUCUAUUCAAGGCCCAGGUGGCAGGUAAUCCUGACACAAACUGAUGGUGAUCCAAGCUUAGUGUGUACUAGAGUUAAUUCUGGGCACACCUCUUCCCUACAGGAAGCUAAAAACAUCUCAUACUUAAGAAUUAAUCUUCGUAGGGGUUGAGGAGAGAAAUACAAUGAACUCUGCUUUGAAAAUGUGCUGUUUAUUUUGCAGCUGGAAUACAUGCAGGCUUCAAAAGGAAUAAAACAGCCCAAAGGCAAUAA